CUUCGGGUCAUUCACUGGAAUGUCGUUAUGGUGGUCAUUGUGGCGAGGUGUCUUGAGCAGCUUGGUGUCUGCAGCCAGUUUGCCUUUACCCGGUUCCUCCUGAGUUUCCAGAAUAAAAGAGUGGAUCCCAGCCUCUCUGCCAAAGACCUGCAUUUCGACGGGGUGCCAGUGAGGGUUUAUCAGCCCAAAGCACCAUCUGCUGGACCAAGGAAAGGAUUUGUUUUCUUUCAUGGAGGUGCUGGGAUGGUUGGAAGCAUCGAGUCUUACCAAGACGUCUGCAGCAAAAUCGCCAAGGAGACUGAUUCAGUGGUUGUGUCCGUUGGCUACCGCCUGUCUCCUGAGCAUCUUCCCCCCGCUCAGUACAAGGACUGCCUUGCUGCUACCAUACACUUAAUUCAAAACGCAGCUUCCCAUGGGGUGGAUCCUUCCAAGAUCAUCGUUGGUGGGGACAGUGCUGGGGGCACGUUUGCUUGUGUUGUUGCCCAGAAAUUGGUGGAGAGAUCAGACCUUCCAAAGCUACGAGCUCAAGUGCUGGUCUAUCCUAAUACACAGGCUAUGGACCUCAACCUGCCUUGCCAUCAACAGAACAACUCAAUUCCCGUCUUGUCCCGGGAAAAAGCUGCUUACUUUGGCCUGAAGUAUAGUGGAAAGGACCCUUCUUUGACAGGCCAGAUCCUGAAGGGCUCUCAUGUGCCAGAUUCACUGAGGCUGAAAUAUGGGAAGUGGAUAAGUCCAGACAACCUUCCAGAGAGAUUUAAGGGGAGAGGCUACAAGCAAGUCCCACUUGCUCCUUAUGAACCUGAAGUCUAUAGGCAACUGCCAGAGAUAUUGGAACCUGAUAUUUCUUGUCUUUUUGCUGAGGACUCUGUCAUCCAGAAGCUUCCUGAAACCCUAAUUGUGAGCUGCGAGUAUGACAUAAUACGAGACGACGGACUACUAUACAAGAAACGUCUGGAGGACAAUGGGGUGAAAGUCAGCUGGUUCCAUGUUGAGAAUGGGUUUCAUGGGGUGAUAAGCCUCUUUGAUGCAGGCCUCUUCACAUUCCCCGCUGCAAUUGAAUUAAUGGACAGCAUCAUAGACUUUGUCAAAAACUUAUGAGAGGAAAUCUCUUGCUUUUGUGAGUCACUCAUAAGGACGGGGGAAUUUGCCAACUUCAGCUUUUGAUUGUUUCUCAUUUUUCUAAUCUUAUAUUAAUUUCUCCAUAUUUAUGCAGCAAAAUGUGGUUCUUGGGGGGCAGCGGGGAAUUCCUCAUGAAAAUUCACCAGCACUUUAGUGUGUAAUUUUCCUAAUAAACACUUUUACUUCGUAUGGAGUUUUGACUAAUAUACACAUGAUUCUAAGCAAUUUGCUCUUAUAUAAUGCAUUUCUCUAUUGUUUUCACUAAUAAAGUGAAACGGCUUAGUUGA